AUGUGUGUAUGCUCUCCAGGAAAUAGCCAUGGUGAUCAACAACAUGUGAUGGUGAUGGGCGGGUUGAGGUUGACGAAGGAGAAGAAGAGAUGGGCAAUGGAGGAAGACAAAUUCUUCGAAUCAAGAUCUGCUGUUCAUGGUGGUAAUAAGAAGGAAGAACAGCCAACUUCGUCACAAUCGUCAAUUGGUUCGCCUUCUCUCGACACGUCGUCGUCUUGCUUCUCUGAUGACGACGACGAUGAGGCAUCAUCUUCUUCUUGUUCUCCGACGGGUUCGGCUUCGUCUUCCAAUUCCUCGUCUUCCUCCACAUUGGCUGCCAAGAACAGCGUGAUGAAUGAGAAUGACGAUGAUGAUAAUAACCGCAGCCCUCUUUACGAGCUGUCCGAGCUCAUGUCCCAGCUCCCCAUCAAAAGGGGGCUGUCGAGAUUCUACGACGGGAAAUCGCAGUCGUUCACGUCGCUGGGGAGCGUGCAGAGCUUGGAGGAUCUGGUGAAAAGGGUGCCUUCAGGGAGGAUUCUGAAGAUGAAGUCGAAAUGCAAGAGCUUCUGCUGGGGUUUGGAGAGGCAGAAAAAGCAUUGUUAUGGUCCGAAGCCGGCCAUUUCGAAAAAGGGUGGUGGCUCAAGUUCCAGAGCUUCCUGUUUCUCUUCUCUCGCCAAAACUCCUUCUUCGCCCGCUGUACAGCAUCAAGCCACCUACUUGCUGUGA